AUGUUAUUACGGCGAAACCUUACGUUGGCGUUCUUUCUUGUUUUUAUAAUAUUUGCUUUAAUUGCCGCGGCCGAGGAUACUGAUGUGGUUGGCGAAGAUGCAACAAAUGUUACGGAAGCUCGCAAUAAAGAGGCAGCAGAGGAGAUAGAGAAACAAGUGGUGAACGUGGAAGCCGAAGAUCCGGACCUCGUUGGCUCUGUAUUUGAUAUCGACUUUCAACAUCCUGGUCCUCAUGAGCCAUUGAUGUCUGCCGAGGAUUCGCAAUCCUUUUUCUUCUCAAUCUUGAUGAUAAUAUUUUCUGAAAUUGGGGACAAGACGUUCUUUAUUGCUGCUAUCAUGGCGAUGCGCAACUCGCGUCUCGUAGUAUUCUCUGCCGCCUUUGCAUCGCUUGUAGUGAUGUCUAUUCUUUCCGCAGCUCUUGGUCAUACGGUUCCCAACAUCAUCCCUCGCAAGUAUACUGCCUACCUCGCAUCGCUUUUAUUUAUGUUCUUUGGUGCCCGUAUGGCUUACGAGAGUUGGCACAUGUCAUCUGACGAGGCCAAACAGGAAUUCGAAGAAGUACAGGCAGAGUUGAAAGAAAAAGAGGACAUUGAAAUGAUGGAAGCAGUCGAGAGUGGAUUGGUCAAUGAUAAAGGGGAAAGCGGCGGAUUUAAACAGGGCUUGUCAAAUUUGUGCCAAUUCUUAUUUUCACCGACUUUUACGCAAACCUUUAUUCUAACCUUUUUGGGAGAAUGGGGGGAUCGGUCACAAAUUGCUACCAUUGCUUUGGCAGCAUCCAAGGAUGUAUAUUUUGUAACUCUGGGAACAAUCACUGGACAUAGCUUGUGUACGGGAUUGGCAGUUGUUGGUGGCGGCUUACUGGCUGAAAGGAUUUCUGUUAGAACAAUUACAUUAUCAGGAGCAGUACUUUUUAUAAUAUUUGGCGUUCUAUAUCUCUACGAAGCAGUGUACGACGUGUAA